GUGGCCCCAAUACUCUCAAAUGGGACUACAACAGACAGGACAAGACCUCCUACCAGAGACAGUUUGAGGUCCUGCCAGGCCCACCUGCCUCGAUGUGUAAGAGGGCCUCCUCCAGCGUGGAACUGGGAGACUGCAAGACUGGCUAUGACCACAUGUGUUCUGAGCAGAAACAGGCCUAUGGGCCCCAGGGCCUGUCCCCAGACAGGUAUGACAAGGCCCAGGCCGCAGCCCACAUCUACUAUGUGCAUGUUCGUCCUGGAGACGGCCUAUUCCAUGACAGGACCACCAAGGCCGAGCACUUCUAUGCCCGGGAGCCAGAGCCCCUUGUUCUUCACCACGACCAGACUCCAGAGUCACACAUUCUGGAAGGAAAUUGGUGCCCCGGCCCUGGCAGUCUCGACACCUCCAUGCAGUAUUUCUACGGCCAGCCGCCACCUCUGACCCAGCCACCCAGCCGCCACCCGCCCCAUGAGAAAUUGCAGAGUCAUGUGACCCUGGGAGAGAGGAAGCCGCUCAGACACUUCUUCCAGACCACCAUGAGCUCAGACUACCGCUCUGCAGAGGAAAUGAGAAAGAUCCAGAAAGCGCCCAACCUCCACUUUGGGCAGACCAACCUGCCCCAGGGCACCGGCGAAUUCGAUUUUUUAACCAUGAACCAGAAGAUGCUGAAGCCACACGGAACAGCUCGGGCCCUCGUGACCGAAGAGAUGCUACAGCGGUGCAAGAACAGCCACGUGGAGCCCCCUCUGAAUGAACUGCGCUUCUUCUCAACCCACUACGAGGACGAAUUUCCUUCCAAGUACCAGGGCCCAGCAGUACUGAGACUGAGCAACCCCCAGGAGAGCUAUGUGCCACUGGGCACCCCUCGCCAGCAGGGCUGUUGGGAGAAGAUAGACCCUCGGGCUCCCCAGCCCCCUAUGUACCCAUGCCCCAGCCCGCAAUAAACAUCACCUUG